AUGGCCAAGUAUGUGUUCUUGGCUCCCGGGCUGACGCUGCCCUUCAGCCCUCUUUCUUCUGAAGCUUUCGAAGAGAUCAAACGCCAUGCAGGCCGAGCCUGGGAACAGCACACGCAAGAAGACGCCAGCUGCUCCACCACCUAUUCUGGGGCUUAUGGAAAUAAAAAGCUGGAUGGCUCUGCAUAUUGCCACGUUACCCCCUCCUCUCCUACCAGGAUCCACAAGCCUCACCCUCCAGAGUAAGCAUUUUCUUACAGGAAGGUCAAAGCUGGCCCAUGAAGAAAGGGCAGGGGGAAGAUGAUGAAAGCAAGAAUCGUCGUCUUGACAGUGCCAUCUUCUGCCUGUCUACUCACAAGUAAAUCCUGCUAAGUUGAAUGGGACUUGUUCCCUUUUAAAGGGGUGGUACUCAGGCCGAAAAAAGUCUUGGACUGGCACUGGUAAAAGUGAUCGUCCGUAAAACUUCAAGCCAAAGAUUUUUUGCACAAAACUGCAGAUAACUGGCUGUCAUGAAACUGGCCUUUGACACCCUAAAAGUUGGGCCUAACUGCUUUUUGUGUGUGUAAAGAAAGCAAAAAUGCUCUCAUCAGGCAGGUAGCUAAAUCUAGAAGGGUGUGGAAAGGAUGAGCAACUAACCUUGGGCUUUGAUAUCCCUCCCUUUGACAUGUUUGGUUGUUUGUUUGUCCUGAAUUUGUGCUCCUUGCUAUACAGCUCUGGAUCCAAUUAGUGCUGUCUGAAAGCAAACAUGGAACUCUUAGAUACACGUCCUAAAAAACAGCCGGUUGGUUGCUGAGAUACAAAGCACAUUACCUCACAAAAACGAUUUAACGUCAGUGAGAUAAAUAUGGAUUAACAUCAUACAGCUAACAAGGUCUUAUUUGUCAUUCGAGGCUUAAGAAUACCGGGUGAAAGUUUAUGAGUCAGUGUUAUAUUGUUAGGUGUCGGUGAGUCAAAUGGAUGCUUAAGGCAGCGUUUUACUUGUCUUGGCCACAUGAUCUUGUUAAUUUGUUGAAAAUGUUUGUGUUUGUCAUAUAUCACUAGAAUAUAGUUUUUCUUCAACCUAGUGAUUGUAUUCGAGGCUCUCAGAUUCACUAGGAUAGCACUGAGAUCUGUGGCAGUUUUAUUUUUAAAUCCUAUUUUUGUUUUGUCCAACUUUCAUCUUGCACUGAAGAAUUAUGUGAAAGCUUUCAUCCCAGAUCCUGAACAUUAGCAGGUUUGGUAAAAAACAACAGGCCUGUCCCCAUUUGAGCAUUAUUUGGCUGUUAAUCAACCUUUUCCCCAUUUGAAUAGACCCACAAACAUUUGAAUCUGUAUCUGAGAAGCAACUUUAAUCUCUCCCAUUCAUCCCAGUAGGCGUUUCCUUUUGUGGUUGUCCCCAGCUUCUAAUUUGUUGAUUCUCUUCUGUUGACUAAGUACCAAGAGAGCAUGCAUGCACAUCCUGAGUGUGCCCAUACUAGCUAGUGGUCCUUCAUUCUACUAUCCAAGCCUGACCAUCAAGCCUAACCAGUUUGACGCUCUGCAGAAAGCACCAAUCAAGGGUGGUAAAAAAAAUGUCAUCCAACAGCAAGAGCUUUUUCUGCAGAUUUGAAUUAUGUGUAAGUAUUUGAAAGGGUUCUUACUUGCUGCUUAUGGUCCUGUGUCUAAAGUAAUUGUGUGCAAGUAGUAAUGCGGGAAGAGAUGGUUAAUGGAAUGGCACCAACUGUAUAAUGAGAAGGCCUUGAGAAAAUUGUGUGCAUCAUUUAUAGUUAAUGAUAGAUGGUAGAAAAACUUGCAGUGCAUCUUAUGCUUAUAAUAACAAAUCUAGCAGUUGUGGAAUAUAUUUAAACAAGCAAGCAGUGAAGCAAUCCUCAAAUCUUGGAAGAUCCUGGGUGGUCAGCUUAAGAGUCGUGCUUUGAUAUCCUUUCUUGUGAGUAAGAAUAGAGUUAAUUCUGUGUGUGUGUGUGUGGUGUUGUUGUUGUUUUUUAAAUUUUAUGUACAUGCUGUCAGUAAGGAGAAAAUGAUCUCAUUGUUUAUGCCAAAUUUCAUCUUAUAAUGAAAAACAGCUGCUCAUAUUUGCUAUAUGACAGAUCAGAAAAUAGGAGUUGUGUCCAUCAGCAAAAAUACGAUUUAAACAGACACAUAGAUGAGCUUGGGGUCUCAGUUGUGGCAGCCUAUAGCAUCAUAGUUCCUGUAAGCUAAACUUCUGUCCCAUACAGACCAUUAGCAAAUCCUGAAAUGGCACAAGGGAGAAAACAGGCCUGAUUCGUAUGUUAUGAGUGUGGCACUGCAGCUGCCUGGAUCCAAUGCUGCUCUGGAAAUGCUUGUAUAAGAGAGUCAUGUAGGAGAGGCAGCUCCUGUGAGGAACGUUCUCCAUAACAGCCCUGCACCUGCCUGAGGGCUGGUCACUUGGUAUUUGCCCUUUCUGUACAAUUCCACUGUUUCAGUGUAGAGUCAUUUGUUUUAUUUAGAUAUCCUUCUCUUCGUUAGAAAUUCUCAGAAUGGCUCUCCUGAUUGUAAAAGAAAGAUGACAAUGAUCAAAGCAAGGCAAAUAAUUACAAACUGAAAGAGCACCAUGGUCAGAUCAAACAACAGACCACCAUAGCUUGGGGUAAUUUUUUAAAUAGCUUUCAAUCUGACACGUCAGGAAACCAGGUGAUGUACGUUUUGAAGUCAGGGAUGUAGAACCUCCAGUCAGAUCAUAGAAAUAAUAAUAAUAGUAAUAAUAGUAAUAAUAAUAAUAAUAAUAAUAAUAAUAAUAAUAUUUAUACCCCACCCAUCUGGCUGGGUUUCCCCAGCCACUCUGGGCGGCUUACAGCACAUAAAAAGAUGUAGAACAUUAGGCAUUAAAAAUUUCCCGAUACAGGGCUGCCUUCAGAUGCCUUCUAAAAGCCAGAUAGUUGUUUAUUUCCUUGACAUCUGAUGGGAGGGCGUUCCAGAGGGUGGACGCUGCUACCGAGAAGGCCCUGUGCCUGGUUCCCUGAAACCUCACAUGUCACAGUGAGGGAACCGCCAAAAGUCCUUUGGUGCUGGACCUCACUGUCUGGGCUGAACGAUGGAGGUGGAGAUGCUCCUUCAGGUAUACUGGGCUGAGGCCGUUUAGGGCUUUAAAGGUCAGCACCAACACUUUGAACUGUGCUCGGAAACUCCUGGGAGCCAAUGAAGAUCUUUCAGGACCGGUGUUAAAUGAAGCAUGCACCACUCCGGCGAGACAGUCUAAUAAUAGAAUUGUAGAGUAGAAAGGGACCCCAAGCACAAUAUAAUCCAACCUGAAUAUAGAAACAAACCACUCUUGUUUUGGGGUGCAUUAUUUUGUUUCUCUGUGCUUAUCAUUUUUUUACCUUUAUUACGGCUGCAGGGGUUUCAGAAAUGGUCCUGGCCUCUGGACCUCUGAGAGGGUCUGCCACUAUAAACACUCCUGUUGUACAUAGUUAAGUUUCCUUAAUUUUGGAACACUAUAGUUUCACAGACCUCUCCAGGGAGAUGGCACAGCACUGUAGCCAUACUGAUCCUUCCAAACCUAAGAAAAACCCCUGUAUUGGAAGGGUGUGACCAGAGGGAGUGUGUGUGUGUGUGUGUGUGUGCGCGCAGAAUUCACCGCUCCUCUAUAAACUGCCUCUAUAAGCUUUUAAGAUAAAUAGGAAUGGAUGUUACUGCUGCAAUGGAGCAGCAGUGAUGCCCUGCCCCUUGUAGCCUACUGCACUAGUUAAAAGUAUCUCAAGCUGCAGUGAACUCCAUAUAUACCUUGCCCUCCUUGCCCACCCUCUAGAAGCCCUCCAUUAAUAUUACUCAUAGCCAGACAAACAGAUAUUAUACUACCAUUCCACAAGUCAGGGGGAACUCCAAGCAGCAAAUUAUGUUCCUUGGCUGGGCAUAAUUUGUGGGAAAGGCGAGGGAGUGAAACUACUUCUGAAUUGAUGGUAAUGCCUUUUCUGUUGCUGUAGCUCUUCACAGCGUUUCUUGCAUUUUAAAUAUUGAUCUGGCAAGCAUCCAGACUGCACAUUAUCCAAUCCAUCAUGUCUUCAGGGUUAGCGAUUUUAUGUAUUUUCAAGCCCUUCAGAUGUCAGUCUGGAUUUUCCUCCUUCCAGCUUAGCCUCCAAUGUGGUUCUUCUGUCAUUCAAACAGGGCUGUUGCUCUGUUCUGGAGUGUUCUGUUCUCUUGCCUGUUCACAAGUUAAGAAAUACUCUUGCAGAGAAAGUAGGAUGUGAAUGCCUCUGUUAUCCUGUGGUGUCCUAUAUCUGUCCUUCAGCCUGUAAGUGGGUGAAUCUGACAAUUUUGGUUUCUUGUUCUUCCAGUCUUAAACUCAGUUCUCUACAUUUUCUCAUCAGUUUGCAAAUUUUUAAAAAUCCCCAUGACAAUUUGUAGGCCUAUCAGUGCCAAUACUUCCCAAUAUCACAAUUUUGUAUGCAGUUUUAUUUCAUAUACACAGUUUUGCUUCAUAUAAUGUAUUUCAGUAUGUUAUUUCCGGUAAUAAAGGCAUUUGUGUGCACAUUGUGUAUGAUCAUAUGUGUACACAUUGUUUGCAUGCAGAACGGCAUUGCAAAAUUAACAGACGUCUGAAUUUUGAGGGCUGGCUGUGUUUCAGAGUGUGUAGGGUUUCAGAAAGUGUGACUUGCUUAGGUUCUCCUUCAGAUAUGAACUGUAAGGUAGCUAUAACUGCCAUAUAACUAGGCAAAGUGAGGCAGCUGAUCGUGGGUGUCAUGAAAGGGCAGCUAAAUGUAAAGGUAUCGACAUAAUUUACUAUUAUUAUAUAAUUACUUCCAGGGUAUGGAGAGUUGCAUGGUGAGAUUUUCUGCCUCGGGUACCAAAAUAACCUGGCUGGUGUUGGGUACUAUAGACACCUUGAUUUGUUGGGGUCAUUUCCAACUUUACCUCAGGCAGCAAAAAGUCUUGCCUUGGCCCUGUCAGUGAGCUUCUGGGCCUAAUUUAUGGUGCUAGUACUAGUAUAUAAAGCCUUUAAUAGCUUGUUGGGACCCGAGUACCUAAAAGUAUGCCUUCCCCCAAAACCAGCUAUCUCGGACCCUACGAUCAGCAGGUGAGGCCUUCUUGGCUGUAUGUCCAUGGCGUGCUGUCUGGUUGACCUGUGACAAGGCCUUUUUGGUGGCUAUUUGUGGACUGCCAUCCCUGGUGAAGUAUGUCUGUCUCCCUCAUCACUGACUUUUAGGAGGAUUUUAAAAAUAUUUUGGUUUAUCCAUUCAUUUAAGGUUUGAAGGACACUGGUCAUGGCAACCCUGAGAUCUCUGCUUGAGAGAACAUUUUUUAGAAUGGUUUCAUUAUUGGCUCCCUCGGCUUCUUCAGGGGGAAGGACACAAUAUAAAUUGGAUAAAAUUAAUAAAAAACAUCGUACUCAAAUGUCUAACCCUUAUGUAGAGUUCACUUCUUACUUUUCCUUCCAGUAAUUUCUACAUGAGUUCAUAUCUCCUUUUGUGAUUUUUCCAGAGUGUUUUUGAUAAACCGGCUUCAUUAUCUUUCUGGAAACUACGGCAAUCCUAAACAUGGUGCGACAACUGACAAGGGUAAAAAGAAAGAGGCGUGACUCCUAUGAUUUUGUAGCAAAUGAGGGGGGGGGGUUGUAAUCGGGCUUUAAAACAUCAAUUCACGCUGCAGCCAGGAAAACCAAGAAGAAACUUUAUGGGCGAGAGAAGUCUUUGUAAACAGCUGGACACAUAAGAGAAAUAUGAAGGGAGAUACAGUGGUACCUUGGGUUACAUACGCUUCAGGUUACACACGCUUCAGGUUACACACUCCACUAACCCAGAAAUAGUACCUUGAGCUAAGAACUUUGCUUCAGGAUAAGAACAGAAAUCGGGUUCUGGCGGUGCGGCGGCAGCAGGAGGCCCCCAUAGGCUAAAGUGGUGCUUCUGGUUAAGAACAGUUUCAGGUUAAGAACGGACCUCCGGAACAAAUUAAGUACUUAACCCGAGGUACCACUGUAUAAAUAUGUUGGAUAGCAAUGUAUACAGCUGGCAGCAGCUGUGGUAUGCUGUGCUGGCAGGCAACCUCUAGAUGGUGCCAUAGAGCAAUGCUCAUUCCAAAACCAGCCAGAAUCUAAUUCAGCUGAGUAACUUGGAAAGCUCUGUUCACAGAGCUAUCUGUCCCCGUCGCAUUAAUGUGCGGCACAUGGAAGGUUUUCACUUUCACGUCACAACAGCCUUGUGAGGGACAUUAGACUGAGGAAAUGUUUCUUAUCCAAGGCUGCCCAUUGAAAUUCAUGCUAAACAGAGAUUGGAAGCUCUCAGAUGCACACCCAGCUAUUUAUUGACUGCAAGGAUGCAUUUAGAGGUGACACUCUUACUUAUUAUUCAUAUGGGAUUGUAAGUAGAAGAGAGUGGCUAGGCCAGCCCUAGACAAAGGGAGGUCUUUGGUGACCUCCAAUUCUUCGAUGUCUUUUUUUAAAUUAAAAAACACACAUUUAUUCAAAAGUUCAAGCACAACAUUUUCAAUGAACCUGAUGAUGGCAUUAAAACAUCCUGUUUUUCUUCAAUAAAAGAGAAAAAGGGAGACCAGAUUACGGUAUAUCAAAGGUAUCUUUUUCAGAGAUGCCUUUGAUUUGUUGCCAAUGGUCUGUGAGGUGUUCUGAUAGAGUAAUACUCCAGAUGUUAUUAACCCAAGCCUCUGUUGGUAUAUUAGAUGUUCCUUUCCAUUGUUGGGCAAUAACUAGUCUAGCUGUUGUGAACAGGAAGGAAAUUAAUUCUUUAGAGUUAAGGGUGGAUUUUGGGGUCAAAUCUAGUGAUAAUAAGGCAAGUGCCGAAUUAGGAGGGAUAGAUUAUUUGGUGAUUUUGGAGGUCAGAUGAUAAACUUGCCCCCAUUUGUUCAACUUCUAUCUGUUACAUGAUUUUGAUGCAGAGUUUCCACACAUUUAUCUCUGUCGCAUAAGACAAUGCACAUAAUAUGCACAGAUUUGAUUAUAAUCAUUCCCACCGAUGGUGUUUCUUGAAAGCGCACUGACUGAUGUUGUAAACUUUCCUGCAUGUGAGAGAAAGAGAAGAACUUUAAUGCAGCAGUGGCCGCACAAGUUAAUUGCCAGCUUCACAAGGGAAAACAAAACUGUACUAACUUUUGCUACUGCUUGUUGAGGGGAUAUCAGAAUAGACAGCCCAAGACAGGCACCCCCUGAGCCCACUGUCCUCUAUGCUCAGUGCAUCACCAAUCUUGACAUUACAGGUGCUCGCCUGACUUGCCUGCCCCUAAUUUCUGCCACAAAGAGGACUUAUGAAAAAUCAGAUGUACAUUUUAUCAUGCUCAUCUGAUAGUAAUGUAUGUGACUAUAUCUUCUGUAUCUUGGUCUAUUUAUGUUUAAAUUAUAAUAAUUAUUGACACAUGUGCAUAUAUAUUAACAUAUGCAAAUACCUAUCCACUUCUUUCUUUUCCCUUGGUGCUACAUUUUCUUUUUCUUUUAUUUUCUUUUUUUGCAAUGCAUAAGUGGCCACCCUACACAAGGUAGACAAAAGCAGGUAUCUAGAGAAGAGAAUUGAGAAUGUUCGGUAACUGAGAUUACUUUUCUAUCCAGGUUAGGCUUGCAUCUGAUCUAACUCUACACAUGUUUCACUUAUGAAUGAAAAGCAGUUGUGUCAUGCCUUGUCAUUUGUAAAAAAAAAAUGGAUUCAGGGGAAUUCCCUGCGGAGGGAAAAAUCUUUUUCCUGUUUGUCCCCUCUAGGCUGUCAUCCAAGUUUCUUAAAGUCUUCAAGUAAUAGGAAGAAAUUUCAACACCAUUCCCAACAAGUGAGUAGAGCACUAGAUAUUUGUGUGUUUGUGUAUGUGUCGCUUGAGGACCAACUACUCAUUAUGUGCAAAUGGAUGUGAACAAGAGCACACAUACACACAGCAUGAAGCCACUUCUUGAGAAAAGCAGAUAUUAGGAGUUCCAGAUAUGGGUGGUUGGGUUUUUUUCUUUCAAAAAUAGGCUGGAAUUCCCUGGGGGUUGCAAGGAAUGUGAUGGGUGCUAGCAGUGUUUUUCUCUCUCCUGGGGUACUCAAGGGUAUGUAGUACCGGCAUCUCUUUUGUUGUUGUUGUUGUUGUUGUUGUUAAAAAGUGUGGCACUUACUGUAACAACUUCAUGGGCACCUGUUUUUCUAAAAAAAAAAAAAAGAGAGAGAGAGCGCACUGGGUGUUAGACAGAUUGAGUACCUCCUCCUGCCACAGCUUCUCUCCCCAAAUAGACAUUUCCGUGGAGCUCCCCCACCCCACCCCCGGGGUAGAAGAGGAAGCUGCUUCAUUGCACACAUUCACACCUAUGUUGUGUAAUUUCAUCCUGAACCUUAGAAGUGUAUCCACUGCCCAAUGAAGACUUGUCAUGUUGGAAGGCAUGACAUGCAAGGCCAAUAUAGCAAUUCUUUCUUCCCCCUUUGCCUCUGAUUGUCUACACCUGAGCAUUCUGAAGCAGGGAAGCUAGUGAAAAUUGCAUAGAUGAGACGAGCAAAAAUGCAGAAUAAUGAGCCUGCAGUCUUCCAGCCAUGUAUCGCAGAAUAAUCCUAUUGGCUCCAGCAGGAUUCCCUUGAAAUGUGGCUGGCUUUUUAUUCCCUAGUGGCCACAAAGUGAAGUGGUGUGAGAAUUGGCAUAUUGAGUGACGAAGACAGUGUGUGUUCCAGUUUAUGUGAGAUUUUGACUUAUUUCAUGGCCAAGCCUUGGAUCUUUGGGUGCCAGCUUUAUAAGAGGAUGUGCUCACAGAUGCUGCUCCUUCUGCUGUAGUUGUGAAAGUGACCUAGCAAUGUGUGGCUUAGGUGGUUGAGCACUGACUUGACAAGGUAAAGCAGCUGUUGCCAAAAUGAGGCACUCCAGCUUUUUGGACUACAACUCCCAUCAGCCUCAGCUGGCACAUGCUGCUUGAGGCUGAUGGGAGUUGUAGUCCAAAAAGAGCUGGAGUUGGCAAAGGCUGGUGUAAAUCUGUAGGCACCUGCAGGAUGGUCCAAGUUGCUUGUACACAUGAUGCAUUUUUUGAAAUGUGGAAAACGUUAUUCUCCCCUUGCUUUCCUCUUAGUGGCAAACCAGCUUUUAAUCCUCCUCCCACCAGCAGUAGUUAAACGUAGGUGUAGAAGUGUUUGAGUGGCUACUUAAGAGGUAGGGAACCUGUGGCACUCCAAAUGUUGCCGGACUACAACUCCCAACAUUCCUGCCCUUGGGCAUGCUGGCUGUGGCUGGUGGGAGUUGGAGUCCAAUAAUAGCUGGUGGGUUGAGGCUACAGUUUCCCCAUCCGUGAUUUACUGGAUUGUGCUUGUGACAUCAUUAAUAACAACACACAGUUCCUUCCCCUCCCACUUCACUUGUUUGAUAAAGGUCACUGCGCUACUUACUCAUUUUAAUCCAUAAACGUUUGUUGCAACCCUUUCAUUUUUGGGUAGUUAUAUUUCAUUUUAUUAACCCCUACAGCGAUGCCCUGCCAUUUCGAAGAUUGCCUUCUUGUUUAUUAAUAUAUAUUUUUUAAAAAUAAAAAUCCCUUGGUCAAAUGGGCACACCCCAUUUCCAGCACUUAGGCUGCACACCUCUCUCCUUUGCAUGCACACUCUCUCUCACAAACACUUCACAGAAGCAAGCAGGCUUUCUCUCUUGCUGCAAUGCUUCUGUGGCAUCCUACAAGGAAGACUCUGCUGCUGCAGGAUUGGGUCUAGCACUACUAUAGAGCAAAGGAGGAGACCCAUUAUCCUGAGAUUUUUUAAUUUUUUUUUAAAAAAGAAAGGCUUGUAUUUGCAUGCACUAUUAAGAAGCAGUGCCCAGAAAUAAGAGGCUGGAAAAUGUGCCUUAAGCUGGGCACAUCACUGCAAAUGCAAGAGCAUCACUCUUUACAUGUUCUAGAGCAGGUGUUGGGAGCCUACCCGCCUCUCAAAUGUUGCUGCCUACAACUCCCGUCAUCCCUGGCUAUUGGCAAUCCUCGAUGGGUGAUGGGAGUUGCAGUUCAACAAUAACCAACAGGCCAAAGGUUCCUCACCUCUGUUUGGUAUGAUUGCAAGCUCCCUGGGGCAGGGACCUGCCCUUUGGUGCCCCUGCAAACCACCUUCCACAUGGAUGGCAAUUAUAUCACAAAUACCCUGAAGGUAUAUGUGCAUCCUGGCAUAACAUGCUGAUAUUGGGACCAAGUUCUAGUGAGCCAUCUCUCAAAUUAAGCUCUGACAACAGAGAGGGUGUUUCUGCCAGGAGAAUAAUUACUGUUUUCUCCAUGUGAGAGGAGGAAGCAGAGCAUGGAAACAAUGGGACGUGUUUGUGUUCAGUAUUCGUAAUAUUUCAACUUCAACUAAUGGGAUUGUGGUUCAUUUUAGAAAGUGAGGUUUGCGGGGCUUCUGUUGAGGCAGAGCUCAGUUCCAGGAUGCGGAACGUAACCCAGGAGAGUGGCCUUCAGCAUGCACAGAGUGUGCUUCCCGUAAGUGCUUCCUGUCACUCCACCUCAAGCAUCCACUGGGAGAGCUGAUAGGUCAGAAAAGGUGACUUCCAGCCAAGCUCAAGUGCUGGUGCCUCUCGUUCUAGAAAUUUAACACCUGGAAUUUAUCCAAUGGCUCCAAAUGUUGCUAGUUCACCGAUGUCCAGGAUACAAUUCAUGGCAAACAAAACAGUAAUGGCAAAGAGGGCACCCAGAUGUAUAGGUAGGCGUGUUAUUUAUAACUGAUGCAACUUUACAAUCUCAUCACCUUAUGUUCAAUUCCUUUGAAAAAAAUAUAUACAGAUGAAUCAUAAUGCAGUCAUCAUUCCAUCACCAGCAGUACCACUGAAUGAAAUUCAGCAGGCGAUGAAAUACCCCAGGGUAAACGGUGAGCACUCCAGAUUCCUUUAAUUGGUGGAAGGUUUGUUUGUUUUUUUCAUUUUCCCAUGGCAAAAUUUCCAGCUUUUGCUUUUACUUUUUAUUCUCUCCCCCCCCCCCCGUUAAUUAUAGGGAACCAAACUGGAAUAAAAACGGGGACGCCAUCAACUGCAAGUCAGGAUAUUCUGACCGGGUGGCCUGUUACUGGGAGUUCUGAUUCAAUGGUAAGUACAGGUCUUUGCAAGCUAUGAAUUGUAUUCAGUGGAGUCCCUAAGACCGUUGGAUGUCGCCUCGCAUGCCUCCUUCAGGCAACUCCUGCAGCCAAGCUGGUGCCAAAUGUAUUGCUCUGCGUUCCUUUGGACCACAUCAGCGAGGCCGAGAGGGAGUUAUACAGGCAAAGUCAAUUCAAAUCUAGUUUUGUUCCAAUCCUCCUUCCUGCUUCCUACAAGGGGCAACACUGAGACUGAGGAGGAGGAAGCUGACAGCCACUUACUGGCAGAUAGAUGGAGGCUGGCUAAGGUUCGCCAUCCCUGCUUUGCGGGACCCUAAUCACCAUCAAAGCCAGUCGAAGCUUUACUUAAGUAUACCAAGUGCAGCUUCAGAGUGUAGUUAAUAAAUAAUAAUAAUAAAAAGCAAAGGGACCCCUGACCGUUAGGUCCAUUCGCGGACGACUGGCCGAAGGAGCCGGCGUACAGCUUCUGGGUCAUGUGGCCAGCAUGACAGAGCUGCUUCUGGUGAACCAGAGCAGUGCACGGAAACGCCGUUUACCUUCCCGCUGGAGUGGUACCGAUUUAUCUACUUGCACUUCGUGCUUUCGAACUGCUAGGUUGGCAGGAGCAGGGACCGAACAAUGGGAGCUCACCCCGUCACGGGGAUUCAAACCGCUGACCUUCUGAUCGGCAAGCCCUAGGCUCUGUGAUUUAACCCACAGCGCCACCCGCACCCCAUAAUAAUAAUAAUAAAAUAAUCUUCCAGAGAAACCCUAACAUGAUGGCAGUAAUGGAAUUGAAGUGCUCUAUGAGUGCCAUGUAUUAUGUGUUUUGUUACUGAAUCCAUCUCCUAAGGAGAUAAAAGGUGGCAGCAGGCACGGAAGCAAUGCACACUGCUACAGCCAGCCACCAUUGACAAGGGCUGAUAAGGGGAUCAUGCGCCUGCAUAAGUUCCAGCCUUUGCACAAUCAGCACCAUUCCCCAUUGAAUACAUCUCUCCAAUGUGUGAGAGGUUUUGGGAAAUGGGGUUGGCAGGGGCUGGGAUCAGGGGUCAUUGCCUACUCUCUCUUCUUCCAUGCAAUCUUAAUGGAAUAGAACAUAUCCUAAAAACCCUGCGGAUAGCUCAGUGGGCGGAGCAUGAGACUCUUAAUCCCGGGGUUGUGGGUUUGAGCCCCAUGUUGGGUAAAAGAUUCCGGCAUUGCAGGGACUUGGACUACAUGACCCUUGUGGUCCCUUCCAACCCUACAGUUCUAUGAUUCUAUGACUGAACAACAGGGCCUUAGUGGCAGGAGAAAAAAGACACCCAAUUAAAAAUUGAGCAAGUUUGAAGACUCUUUCAGAUCUAUUUAAAAAAUCUGUAAAUUUGCCUUUUCUGUCCUGUUUGGAGUUCUGCUGAACAUCUGUGGAUAUUUAUUUAUAAGCGAACCUGUACGCUGAAUGGCAUUUUCCAUCUCAUUUGUUUCAGGGGUUGCAAAUCAUGGAAAAGGUGACUCAAGAUCUUCCUGACCUCAACUGA